UCUCGAGAAAAUCCUCUUGAGCAAGCAGCCCAAGGGGCACACAGUCCAAAUGGAAGAAGAAACAUGUCCGAUCGGUCUCAACAUUGUCAUUCAAGUUGUAGGUUCUCGUGGAGAUAUCCAACCAUUUAUUGUGAUAGGGAAGGCCCUAAAACAGUAUGGUCAUCGCGUCCGACUGGCAACACACUUGACGUUUAGAAAUCCAGUCAAGGAGAAUGGAUUGGACUUUUUCGAUAUUGGAGAACAUCCAGCAGAAAUAAUAACCUUCAUAGUGGAAAACACGGGACUUCUGCCUCAAUUCAAGACGAUCCGAAGCGGAGUUGUCAAUCGACGCCGACGCGACAUGGGAGACAUUAUCUAUGGCUAUGGGACGCAACUGCACCAAAUUCCGGAUAUUUUGGUGAAUGGUGUCGUCGGUUCCCGGGAACGGCUAUUUGUGGCGGGCGCAAUCAUUGCAAAUACCCCAAGUUUCGCUUAUAUUCACUAUGCGGAAAAGCUUAGGAUCUCGCUUACCAUAAUGUUCACAAUAUUUAGGAUGCCAUGGUCACCUACCCAGGCUUUCCCUCAUCCUCUAGCCUCCAUCAGAAAAUAUAAUACAAACCCCACGGUUGUUAAUGCUGUAUCCUAUGCCUUUGUAGACAUGAUCCACUGGCAGGGUCUCGGUGACAUAAUCAACAGAUUUCGCAGGAAAACCCUCAAAUUGGACACUUUGGAUGCUGCGCAAGCUCAAGGCAUGAUCUAA